AUUCUUCUUAUUGGCCUGUUACCGCUAUAUUCAAUUCAGUUCAUCCACAGAUCUAGGGUUUCCGAGACUCUAGAAUCUUCCAACUCCUUGAAUCCUCUAGACGCUACUUUUCUCGCCCUUUAUCUCCUCCAUCAACAACCCAACGCCGCCGCUUCUGGUUUCCAUCACCAAUAUACUAUUACCGUUGAAAAACCUUCUGUUGUUUCAGCUACGAUAAUGGCGAAAUACGGUGAAGGGGAUAAGCGUUGGAUCGUCGAAGACAGACCAGACGGAGCGAAUGUUCAUAACUGGCACUGGGCUGAGACCGAUUGUAUCGAGUGGUCCAGAAACUUACUGUCAAAACUCCUAUCCGACCACACGAUACUCGACGGCGAAGGAAACCUCUUCAUCAAGACGAAGAAGAUCGAGAAAGUGGAAGGGGAGGCUUAUGUUAAUGUCCGAAAGGGAAAAAUUAUCCCCGGUUAUGAGUUAAGCGUUUUGCUCAAUUGGCAAGGCGAGGCGAGAGAUGAUGAAGGGAAAUCGCUUUUGAUUGCCGAUGGUGUUAUCGAGAUUUCUUAUAUUUCCGACAAAGAGGAUCCUGAUCUUAGGGUUAUUGUGAGGAAUGAAGGUCCGAUUGGGAGANGAUUGAAGGAUGCCUUUAUGGCGAAAGGGAAGGAUUUCGUUUUGAAACAGGUUAGGGUUUAUGUCGAUGCCAUGGCAAAAGGUGGACCUGCAAAGGAUGAAUUGGAGGUCAAGAAGGUAAAUCCAAAACCAGCGGCGGCUCCUGUGGCGGCACCACCGGUUGCUGCACCUGCCAAGAAGGUGGAGGAGAAGAAGGAAAAGAAGAAAGAAGGGUUUAAGACUAUAAAAAUGACAGAAAAGUUUAGCUGUAGGGCGAAAGAUUUGUUUGAGAUCUUGAUGGAUGACAAUAGAUGGAAGGGUUUUACGCAGAGUAAUGCUAGGAUUAGCAAAGAGGUUGGUGGGGAGAUUAGUAUUUUUGAUGGUGCAGUCACAGGGACGAAUAUGGAGUUGCAGGAGGGCAAAUUGAUUGUUCAGAAAUGGAGGUUUGGAAGCUGGCCUGAUGGUCUCCAUUCUAUGGUGAGAUUAGUUUUAGAAGAGCCCGAGCCUGGAGUUACAGUUGUGAAGUUGACGCAGACCGAUGUUCCGGAGGAAGACAGGUACGGGAAUUCAACUGUUGUGGAGAACACAGAGAGAGGAUGGCGGGAUCUAAUCUUUCACAAGAUAAGGGCGGUUUUUGGGUUUGGUGUUUGAAACGGUUGCGAUUGUAUUUCCUGAAAUGUAGAAGUAUGGUAAUAAAUCUGAUUUAUGUUGAAAGAUCCUGAAUAUUGGUGGGUCGAUUCAUCUGUUUGUCGAAUUGGUUGUCUGUCUAAACUCGAACGUACGUUUUACACGUUCUGGUUCGAAUAGUCGAUUUUCUCGUCAAAUCUUGAAAUGUGUUGUGGUCUUUGUUU